CUUCCACCGUCACCUUCAUUCUGUCGGCCUCCGUUCGUCAUGUUCCCUCACUUCCUUCAGACCCCAUAAACCAACCCUCAUAGGGCAGCCUACGAUUUCCUCCCACGGGGUGACCAUGAAAUUCUUGGGCCUUUUACCCGUUGAUCUCUUUAAAACCUCUGCUUUCGUAAAGCUUACGGCGUUUCUUCUCUUCUCUCUAUCCCUCAUAUUCGUCUUGAACCAUUACUCUUCCACUUACUCCUCCCGCACCUUCUUCUCCGGCUCCCCUUCCGGCGAAACUUCUUCCUUUACCGUUUCGUCGGCGGACCGAUCUCCGGUUCCGCCACCUCGUCAGAAGGUAUUCGUUGUACCUCCGCUGCCGCCUGUGGAGAGGAUGGGCGUUGUAGACGACAAUGGUGUGAUGUCGGAUGACUUCCAAAUUGGAGACCUUGAUGCGAGUUUGCUACAGGAAUUGGGUAAUUUGAGCGAGAUACGAGAGGGGAAAGGGGGAGAAAGUGACGUCAUAGUUAGGAUUGAGAGGUUUAAGGUUUGCGACCCGAGCAUGACCGAUUAUGUACCUUGCUUGGACAAUAAGGAAUGGAUCAAGAGGCUGAAUUCGAGCCAGCGGGGGGAAAAGUACGAGCGGCAUUGUCCCGAGGAGGGCAAGGGGCUUAAUUGCUUGGUGCCAAUGCCGAAGGGGUACAAGAGUCCAAUACCGUGGCCCAAGAGCAGAGAUGAGGUCUGGUUCAGUAAUGUACCUCAUACACGUCUUGUUGAAGAUAAAGGCGGCCAAAAUUGGAUAUCUAUAAAGAAGGAUAAAUUUGUCUUUCCUGGUGGUGGAACACAAUUUAUUCAUGGUGCGGAUAAAUACCUGGAUCAGAUUUCUGCGAUGGUUCCUGACAUUGCAUUUGGUCACAACACGCAAGUUGCUUUAGACGUUGGCUGUGGAGUGGCAAGUUUUGGUGCUUAUUUGAUGCAACGUAAUGUAACCACUCUUUCAAUAGCACCAAAAGAUGUUCACGAAAACCAGAUUCAGUUCGCUCUAGAGCGUGGUGUUCCUGCCAUGGUAGCAGUUUUUGCUACGCACCGUUUGCCAUUCCCUAGCCAGGCUUUUGACCUGAUUCAUUGUUCAAGAUGCAGAAUCAAUUGGAUGCGUGAUGGCGGAAUCUUGCUUCUGGAGGCCGACAGGCUGCUUAGGGCAGGUGGAUACUUUGUAUGGGCAGCACAACCUGUUUACAAACAUGAAGAGAUCCUCCAAGAUCAAUGGAAAGAAAUGGAGAACCUAACUGCUCGCAUUUGCUGGGAACUUGUGAGAAAGGAGGGAUAUAUAGCUAUAUGGCAGAAACCAAUGAACAAUAGCUGCUACCUUAGUCGUAACAUCAGUGUGCAGCCUCCGAUUUGUGACUCCGAUGAUGAUCCUGAUGAAGUUUGGUAUACUGACCUUAAGGCAUGCAUCUCUAGAUUACCUAGUAGUGCUUAUGGAGCCAAUGUUUCUAAGUGGCCUGCACGCCUUCAUCAACCGCCAGACCGGCUUCAGAGCAUUAAAAUGGAUGCCCAUAUCUCCAGGAAGGAACUCUUCAAGGCUGAAUCAAAAUAUUGGAAGGAAAUUAUAGAUAGCUAUAUUGGAGCCUACCAUUGGAAGGAGUACAACCUAAGGAAUGUUAUGGACAUGAGGGCAGGUUUUGGGGGGUUUGCAGCCGCUCUGCAUGAUCUUCAGAUUGAUUGUUGGGUUAUGAAUGUUGUUCCUGUUAGUGAAUUCAAUACCUUGCCUGUUGUAUAUGACCGUGGACUGAUAGGAGUGAUUCAUGAUUGGUGCGAACCGUUUGACACAUAUCCAAGAACCUAUGAUCUGCUGCAUGCAGCGGGUCUUUUCUCUGCUGAGAAAAAGAGGAAAAGGUGUAAUAUCUCAACUAUCAUGUUAGAGAUGGAUCGAAUGUUAAGACCUGGUGGGCGUGUAUAUAUACGUGACUACAUAUCUGUUAUUAGUGAACUGGAAGAAAUCGCAAAUGCCAUGGGUUGGGUGAAUUUCCGGCAUGAUGUGGGCGAAGGUCCCUAUGCUAGCUGGAAGAUAUUAAGAUCUGAGAAGCGCUUCUGACAAGCUGGAAGAUAUUAAAAGAAAUAUGAUAGCUAUAACUGUCUGAAAUUAAAUAUCAUGGUGCGCCAGAAGUAGGCUCACAACCAGCCAUUGGCGCAUCUCCCUUCAAAAGCCAAUUCAAUACUUAGCAACAAUGCCUUUAUCACUGCUAAUCCCAUGUUCAAAAGGCCCGUAUCUGGUAACUACAAGUGAAUGCCGUAAGUAAGCCGAUUCAAAUUCAACCUAGCAUUAAAUGGUGUCUGGUCCAAUUUGAUUGGCACCACCUUGCGGUAACUUGAAAGCAUGGAGAAGGCAAACUAAAUGAGACAAAAUGCAUAUUCAGUCGAAGUUUUUCUUUUAUUUUCACAGCAGUUAUUACAGCAAGAAUUUCAUAUAAAGAUUGAUAGAACCUAUGCAAAUAAAAAUGAUUAAUUUUUAUUGGAUGAAAAUGCCUCAUGCAAUUUAA